CACAAAUUAACAUUUAUAAUCAUUGGCAUAAAGAAUAGAAGAAUUGGAUGUCUUUGUUGUAUUUUUUAAUUAUUAAAAAUAUAAAAAUAUUACAAAUAUAAAGCUGGCUAGAAUCUGCAGAAAUUUUUCCUCGGAUUUCCUCGAAUAUUUAAAACUCCGGAAGCAGAAAGUGAAUCAAGUCGCUAAAAAUGAAUGAUGAAAUCAACUACGUAGAAUCUUCAGCGGCAAGACGGAAUCGUCACCGCGAAUCUUUAGAGCACCUCUGGCAGAAGGAGUUAGUAUUUCUGAAGCAGCUCUUCGAUAAAAACAUUCCACUUGCCCCCAUGGAUCUUAUCAAGUUUCACGACUACGUGUACCUCCACUGCUCGAGCUUUGUUCACAAUCCAAGUGUCCGUUCCCAGGAUCCCGGGAAAGAUCUGUACGGUGGCCUGACCCUGUACCUUAACUCACGGCUACAGGAAAUAUCUAAAGGAAUGGAAAACAUUGCGGAUGACAAAGACUUGGUCGUUGAGUACGUGGGACAUUGGAAGAAGUACUGGAAAGCCUGCGAGGAAUUGGACCGAGGAUGUCGUUACCUCAACCAAAAUUGGGUGAAGCGGGAGCGGUUUGAGGGCCAUGACUAUAUCCAUGAGAUAUACCGCAUGGCCAUGAUACGAUGGAAGGAGGUCGUGUUUAGUCCCAUUGAUAGGGCACUGGUCACCGCCAUUACCCUGAUCUUGAGGCACAAGGCUACGGAACAAUCCAAAUUACUGGUGUACCAGGUGCUUCAAUCAAUUGUAGAGCUGUAUGCUAAUGAUGAAAGGCAGGAAGUGUCAGUGCCUUCCAAGCUCAACAACGUGUUCACUGAGGAGGUAGUGGGUUUCUACAAGUCGGAGACCCUGGCCGAGUUCCAAAGGAUCAUCCUAUCCAAUACCUACACCCAUUUUAAACACUUCCUCAAAUACUGGUGCUUAGCCAUGCCAGAAAUAAAUGACGGCGUCCAGUUUAGGGGGUUCGUGAAGAGACACCUUGCUUUGCAGCUGAAGAAUGCUAUUGCGAAAUCCUUGGGAGGCAAAGAGUACGUCGAAGCCAUUUUGAAAUUUCGUCGUAGUCCGUUGGCACGGGCAAUGCGGGACCACAAAAAUCUGGUGGCCGUAAUCGAUGAGGUGUGUUCAGAUACUUUAAACAAAAUGGAUCAGAAAGUUGAGCCUAUCAGGCUGCUGGUCAUAUACUCAAACGAACUGAUGACGAACAAGUCCGUGGGAGAUAUCCUUGAAGAGCUUAAACAGAUUGUUGAAGUUGUGGAGUUCAUAAACGAAAAGGAUAAGUUUAUUCAAAAAUAUUGGAGAGCUCUUAGAGCUCGACAAAUCAAAGAGAUAUCAGUCUGGGAUGGAAAUGAGUCGACAAUGAUUUCGCUGCUGACCAAAAAGUUUGGUGUUGAUUUGACUUAUACUUUAAAAAAUCAGUUGGACGAUUUAGAAAAGUCGAGGACAAAAGUUGGUCAGUUUCAAAAUUAUAUGGAUAGUAUGGGUGUUCGGCUGUGCUUUGAUUUUCGCCUUAAGUACUUCAAAAACAGAGGUCUUGAUGCGAAUUUCAAUCUCAUAUUGCCGGAGGAACUACGGAUAGCGGUGGAGCAGUUUAAAAUGUUCCACACCGAGUAUGAGAAAUCGAAAAGAAAGGUUGUCUUUCACCACGGCUUAUCCUCCGGCGAGAUAAUUUGUAAUUUGGGUCAGUCGACCAAAAUCCUGGAGGUAAGCACUUUGCAAAUGUCGAUUCUGCUGCUGUUCAACGAAAAGGAAAGUUUCACGGAGGAAGAGUUGAAGGAUAGGUUGGGCACACCAAUGGACAUUCUGCAACCGGCACUGGAGUUUUGGAAAAGUACCAGCUUCCUGAUUUGUUCCGGGACUUCUGUGGCGGUCAACACGAAUUUCACAAGCAAAAAGCGCCGUCUUAACUUUAACAAGGUUGCGAAUGGGACUAAAACUAGAAGGAUUGAUGAGAAAGAAGAUUCCGUCUUACAAUUAAAGCGAAAAAAACAAACGGAUGCUGCAAUAGUGCGCAUAAUGAAAAAGCACAAGGAACUGGAACAUCCGCAAUUAAUUUCAAACGUUGUAGAGGAGCUGAGGUAUUUGUUUAUCCCAAACGUAGCAUUUAUUAAAGAAAGAAUUGCUGAUUUGAUCAAUAAGGAAUAUGUGAUGCGUUGUGGUCGUUCCACAUACAGAUACAUUCAAUGAAAGCAUAUAGUCAGUAUUUAUUUUAAUGCCAUUAAAAACAAAUUUAUUGGAUGAAAAACUUGCCUUAUCUACCAAAUUUAUUUCGGGUAUAAAUGUAAUCGCAAUAAUAAUACAAUUAAAUGUAAGGAUGUAAAUAAAUACAUUUCUUCAAUUGCCUUCCGCUUAA